AUACGAUAUGUGUCUCAGAUAUUAGUUCUAGGUACGGCAACAAAGGCAAAAAUAGAAUUUGUUUAUUAGAAUUUUUCAAGUAAUUUUAAUUAGGUACAUGCGGUUUGUUUAAAGUUGUGGAAGUAUACCAGGGCCAUCUAUGUUUUAUAACUCAUUAUUCACCAUAGAGAACAAGUAAAUUUUUAUUUUGUGAUGACUGUAAUAAGUAAAAUAUGUGUGCAACUUCAGUUUCUCUUCGUGGUGCUGCUAUUAUUUAUAUCGACAGGAUCAUGUCUUCAGUGCUAUAAAUGUUUCAGUACCAACAGAGACUGUUACGGUGGAAACCCUAGAUAUUUGGGAAUUUUAAAUUGUAGCAGCAAACAUGAAGUUUGCGCUACAUUUCAGUAUCAAAUCGAUGAUUCCAGUGCAUCAUACGUUACAACAAUAAGAGGAUGUCAGCCCAUCACCAAGGACGGGAUAUGCAGCCAACUUAUGAAGACAAAAAGCAAUAAGAACGUGGUUCAAAAAGGAAUCCUGUGCGAGACCUGUAACACAGAUCUGUGCAAUUCCUGUACAAUAAAGAGUGUGUCUUUCUUUACGCUCCCAAUAGCAAUACUCUUAAUCAUUCUUAAAAUAUAGAUGAAAAAAAAUGUAAAUUGUGCUCUCUAAAACGAUAUUAUACAAUAUUUCAAAAAGGUGUCAU